CACGUGAUUUCUGGGAAACAGGAACGGCAGUGUACUGUGUGUUUGUGAUCAGAGCAGAGAUCUCACACACACACACACACACACACACACACAGCCUUGAAACUCACACCCUUCCACCACGGAACAGCACAAACUCACCGACUGAAGAUGCCGUCAGGUAAAAUCCGCUGUACACGCCGACUGCGCUCCUGGCUGGUGGAGCAGGUGAGCAGUGGGAAAUACCGCGGUCUUGUAUGGGAUGACGAUGAGAAGACCAUGUUUCGUAUCCCGUGGAAACAUGCUGCAAAACACGACUUCCGCAGUGAUGAGGACGCUGCUAUCUUUAAGGCGUGGGCUGAGUUUAAGGGGAAGCUGUGUGAGAAUGACCCUGCCGGUCCCGCCUCAUGGAAAACACGCCUGCGCUGUGCUCUGAAUAAAAGUCCUGAGUUCAGAGAGGUCACCGAGAGGUCACAGCUCGACAUCUCCGAGCCCUACAAAGUGUAUCGGCUCGUCCCGCUCGACGAGCAGGGACUGACUGAGGUGAAGAGAGAAGAAGAGGAGAAAGACGUGAAGAGGAGUAAACACAGAAAGAGGAGGAGCAACUCGGAGAUAAACGAAGAGAGUCCAAAGAAAUGGAUUAAAGAGGAGGAGGCAGCUGUCGCAGUUCAGAGCAUUAGCAUGGAAGUUGACGCCACUACAGGAAAUGACAUCGCUCUUCAUCCAGAUGAACAAACAGAGUGUGUUGAUAUGAUAAAGAGUGACGGAGUCAUCGAUGAGUUACAUUUAAACCUCACAGUAGAAACCAUCCCUCCACCUGGAGACACCAGAGAAUGUGCCUCGUUCCUCAUCAGGGUUUAUUACCUUGGAAUGGAGGUGCUGAGGAGAGAUGUGAUGAGCGAUGACGUUCGCAUCGCUUUCCUCCCGCCAUCGCCGGCUCCGCCCUCUAUAAACAGCUCAAGUUUUCCUCGAGUUCCUCUUCCUCCUCCUCCCUCCGACCUCACGUCCAAUCAGAUGAGUUCCAUUUCCACCCUACUGCCGUUCAUGGAUGGCGGCGUUAUUCUCACCACAUCGAGCCGAGGUGUUUACGCUAAACGUCUCUGUCAGGGACGGGUUUUCUGGAGGGGACCGCACACACUCACAAACACGGCGAGCAAGAUGGAGAGAGGCGUGAAACCAACGCUGAUCUUUAACAAACAAUUCUUCAAACAAGAGUUGGAGCAGUUCCGUAAUGGAGGAAAACAACCUGAAACUGAGAUCACACUCUGUUUUGGAGAGGAACUUUUGGAAGGAGAUGACAUUUCUAAGAAACUCAUCAUUAUUAAGAUCAGUCUGCCCUGGGCUGAGAAACAGAUCAAGGAGAUCCAGGCGUGGACGCAGUCCAUCUCGUUGCUGCAGAGUUUAGCUCAGCAGUCUCCAUCAGGAGAAAUCACACUCAGUCUGGUGGAGUUUCCUGAACCGACGCUCACCGUUCUCUAAUUUAUCUCCUGUAGUCUAUGUAAUGUCUGAAGUAAUGUUUGUUAGGGAUUCUGAGUACGCACUACAUAGAGCAUUUCAGGUUCCUCCUGACAAAAAUUCUGUAAAACUAUGUUAUUACGCUCUUCGAUGUUUCUCCAUUAACAAAAUGAAUCUUAUGCUUCUUAUUGUAAAACACUACUACAUGAUAAAACACCAUUGCUAUUAAUGUUACCUAUUACCUUUUACCUGUUUUCAUGUUGUUCUUGUUUAGGGGACAAAUUUUUUCAUGAGUAAUGUUUGAAAAUUAAAGAUUAAAAUUAUUAUAUGAUUAUGAUGAA